AUGGGAAUGUAUGAUCUUGAAAAGGAGAUAUACCGCAUCUUGCAAGACUCAUCCAAAAUUCGAGGUUAUAAUGCUAGGUUGCGGAAUGAAUAUAUAAAUCUCAAUGAUGAGAAUAAGCGGUUGAAGGUUGAAAACUCCAAACUUGUCUCCCAGAAUGCUUGUACAGAAAUAUCUCUUGCCAAAGCCGAAGCCGAUAACUUUGCAAAAUCAGAGGAAGUGAAAUCGCUUCAGUGUGUGAUUAAUCUAUUGACCCCAGGACACUCCGAUAAGAAUAAUCGGUCGGACUCGCAUGUAAAAGGUGGGCUGAUAGGCGCUUCGCAUAACGAAAAAAAUGAUAUUAGCGCUUCUUCAGUUAUAGGCACCCCAGAUAAUCCUAUACAAGGAGAGAGCGCCAAGCCGAAAGAGAUUAGUGAUUCAAAUAGCGUGAAUUCGAAAUCUAAGCUCCUAGAACCAAUUCUACCUGUCAAUUUGGCAAACGAAGUUCCAAUAGGUGACGCAGAAGGAACGGUGAAACUAUUGGGUUCCCCUAUCGUUACGGACGAAUUAUUGCCAUCUAUAUUUACCUAUUCAAUAAUAUUUCUUCUAUUUUUCAUAAUUAUAUUGAUCAUUGUUAUGGCAAAACUAUUGAAUACAUGGAAAAAAACUGAGCGAUAUCUUACCCACAAAAAAAAUAACCUACAAAAAUAUAGAAAUAGGCCAGAGCGUUGA